CCUUGAACGGAAAUACCACACGGCUUGCCCCAUCCAGGAUCCACACCAAACCCCCUCCGCCGCAAUCACCGCGACCUACCAUCUUCUGAUUGCGAUCCAGAUGGCCCAGCAGUUUCUUUUUCGGGACCAGUUAAUCACGCGUGGCAUCCAGGCCCACCUACCAAGAGGAUCUCCGCGGUUCGGUUGCGCAAUCCGUCGGUGAUGGGCACAAACUCAUCGUCUGGGCCUUAACCCUCAAACGCCCCCUCCAGAACGCACGUCUCCUGACCUUGGGAAAGAUUGAACCGAAGGCCCUUGACAAUCUCAACUCCGGUGUCUGUGACAGUCUCACACAUGGCAAAAUCGAGCAAAAAUACCCCAGCGACUUCAAGCAACGUGCCGGAGAGAAGUACAACUACCGUUACUUCGGCGGAGAAUCGUACCGCGACGUGGUUAUUAGGCUGGAGCCCAUCAUCAUGGAGCUGGAACGAGAAAGUCCUGAUCAUGACGCACCAGGCGAUCCUGUGGUGCAUCUACGCGUACCUCAUGAACGUGCCGCAGGAGUGGAGUCCGCGGAUGGAGGUGCCGCUGCACACGCUGAUCAACUUGACGCCCAAGGCGUACAGCACGCAGGAGGAGAGACUCAGGGCGGACAUCCCGGCUGUUAAUACGUUUCGGGAAAAGUGGAGCGGGAAACCGUUGGAUGCUCCCAUCAAGAGCCUCUUUUGCCUCCUGUCCGCGCCCAUUUUUAUCCCAAUCUUCCUCUUUCGCAUCACGACUCCAACCCACGAUUCCCGCCAGCACCGUGCCCAGCAAAAUCUGUCCUAGACCAAGACCGCGAAAGAAG